UCGUCUUGAAAGCCGUCAUGGCUGAUUCAUCGUGAGUGACUCUUUCAAGAGUACGAUAACAAAUGACAUUGUGAUUGAAUCAUUAAGUGUAAGAAGUACAGUGCAUGGAAUUAUUUUUGAAUCAAAGCGAUAAUCUCGAUGUGGAAAUUCCACGAAGAAACGUGAUAAACGGCGUUUUCGCGUGCGCGUAACUUCCCCGUGGAACGAUGAACGGGUUAAGUUUUAGUGAAUUGUGUUGCUUGUUUUGCUGUCCGCCUUGCCCGUCCAGAAUCGCUGCAAAACUAGCGUUUCUACCUCCUGAACCUACGUAUGCAUUUAUUGAAGAUGAAGGUUCCAAAGUUACAAUUUCUUUAUCUGAAAGAGCAGAAUGGCAGUAUACAGAAAGGGAGAAAGAGUCGGUAGAAGGUUUCUAUGCAAGAACAUCACGAGGAAAUCGAAUAGCCUGUUUAUUUGUACGGUGUUCAGCUACUGCACGUUUUACGAUUUUAUAUUCCCAUGGAAAUGCAGUCGAUCUGGGACAGAUGUCUAGUUUUUAUUUAGGACUUGGAUCGAGAAUAAAUUGUAACAUAUUUAGUUAUGAUUAUUCGGGUUAUGGAGUUUCUGGUGGUAAACCGUCAGAAAAGAAUCUUUAUGCGGAUAUAGAUGCUGCGUGGCAUGCUCUUAGAACACGUUACGGUAUUAGCCCAGAAAACAUCAUUCUAUAUGGUCAAAGUAUCGGGACUGUACCCACAGUCGAUCUGGCCGCGCGAUAUGAGGUUGGCGCAGUUGUUCUGCAUUCACCUUUAAUGUCGGGAAUGCGAGUUGCUUUUCCUAAUACCAAAAGAACUUGGUUCUUUGAUGCGUUCCCGAGUAUAGAUAAAGUACCAAAAGUGACAUCUCCUGUUUUGGUAAUUCAUGGAACUGAAGAUGAUGUAAUAAAUUUCAAUCAUGGUUUAGCAAUUUAUGAGAGAUGUCCAAGAGCAGUAGAACCAUUAUGGGUUGAGGGUGCUGGUCAUAAUGAUGUAGAAUUGUAUGAUCAAUAUUUAGAACGAUUGAAGCAAUUUGUAAGUGUAGAACUGAUAAACUGACGGCGACUAAGCCUCUCCCAGAAUCAGGGGGGGCAGGGAGGAGGACAUACACAUGUG